UACAGAUGUGAUGGCUGACAGCUUGCUUCCUGAAGGUGCUGCUGGAAAAAGUGGGGCUUGUUCGGUAGCAAUGGAAAGCGAAAGAGGGGAAUGUGGAUCUCAUCUCAAGGCUCUGACACCUGCUACAGCUCGAGCCCCUGUGCGCCGUGUAGCCAAUCAGAUACCAGAUGAGAUCUCCCAGAAUACUUUGCUGCUGGAUGCCAUGUCAGCUUUACCUCCAAACUAUAAUUUUGAAAUUCCUAAAACUAUCUGGAGGAUUCAGCAAGCCUCAGCCAAGAGAGUUGCUUUACAGAUGCCCGAAGGACUCCUGAUGUUUGCUUGUACAAUUGCUGACAUCAUAGAGAGAUUCACAUCGGCAGAGACGGUGGUGAUGGGAGAUGUGACAUAUGGAGCGUGUUGCGUGGAUGAUUAUACAGCACGGGCACUAGGAGCAGACUUUCUGGUGCAUUAUGGGCACAGCUGCCUCAUUCCCAUUGAUACCACGCAAGGGAUAAAAAUGCUGUAUGUCUUUGUGGAUAUAAAGAUUGAUACAUCCCAUUUUGUUGACACCAUCCGUUUCAACUUCUCCAGUGGCACUUCGCUUGCCUUUGUCAGCACAAUCCAGUUUGUUUCGGCCCUUCAGGCAGCAGCUCAGGCAUUGCGCUCAGAGUACCAAGUAACUGUUCCACAGUGCAAGCCGCUGUCUCCAGGAGAAAUUCUUGGCUGUACCUCUCCGCGGCUGGAUAAGUCUGUAAAUGCUGUUGUGUAUCUUGGGGAUGGCCGGUUCCACUUGGAGUCCGUAAUGAUUCAUAAUCCGGAAACCAAAGCAUUCAGAUAUGAUCCAUAUAGCAAAGUUUUCUCCCGGGAAUAUUAUGAACACAGCAUAAUGCUUAAAAACCGCAGUGAUGCCAUUUCAGCUGCUGCUAAUGCCAAAACAUGGGGGCUGAUCUUGGGUACCCUGGGACGCCAAGGUUCUCCCAAAAUACUUGAGCACCUGGAGUCACGUCUGCAGGCUCUCGGCUGUUGUUACGUGCGGCUGCUGUUGUCGGAAAUCUUCCCUAAUAAACUCAAGCUGUUCCCAGAGGUGGAAGCGUGGGUGCAGGUGGCUUGCCCUAGAUUAUCAAUUGAUUGGGGAACUGCCUUCUCUAAGCCUCUUCUUACCCCUUAUGAGGCAUCGGUAGCGCUGCGAGAUGCAGAAUGGCAAAACAUAUAUCCUAUGGAUUUCUAUGCAAGUCAGUCUUCAGGACCAUGGACAGUGAACCAUGAAACUCAUCGCCCCGCUCGUGUCACUGGCCGCCGCACCCAGGCUUCUCAAACAAAGUCCCAGAUUACAGAGGAAUGUGUGAAGAAAGCAGAGUGCGAGUGUCAGAAAGAGGGGGUGAGCCAAUCUUCAUAAUCAAGGUACAGGCUGCUACCCACGGAGACGCACUUUGGCCAUGCUGUUUUCUUGAUGGCCAUAAAAACUGAGGUAAUUUGUCACCUUGGUCCAUCAGGUGUGAAGUAGGAAAUGAAACAAACAGUAUGACUUCUCAGUAGACCUGAAAAGCAUCACUCCAUUAUCAGCUUCAGGGGCCCAGAGGGCUGCAGAGCAUCAUUCCCUUAACCUUCUCACAACUCUAAGCACAAGCAGAGUAUCUCUCCAUUACCUCUUCCCUUUUUCUCUCUCUGUAGUUCUGUGUACCAUAGAAAGGGGGGUCAGGCCAUGCCUGGCUGCACUCUCAGUUCGUCUUGGGGUUUCCUGAGCCAUGCAGUGCUUGCUACUAAUUAAAAGCUCUGCUUAAUGAGGGCUUGCCUUGAAUCAUAUGCUCCCCCUCCUGCCGUUGCCUGGGCAAUGAAGGAUCAGAGCCCACAAGCCCACAUUGCUAGCACUGAAAGCAGCAUUCCCCCUGCAAGAACCAAUCACCUCCUGCGUGGAGACCCACAGCAAGUAGUUCUAUAAUGUCUCCGUGAUGGGAUCACAGACUUUAAUGUUCUUUGGAAGAGACCCAGGAAUCGCUGUGCCUGCAGCUUAUAUUCAGAGAAGAGAGGAACUUGGGUUUAUUACACUGAUUGACACAAAGUCAAGAAAUACACAACAAACAGAAGAUGCAUAAAAUUGCCUGGAAAGUGUCACCCACCAAAUCAUGUGGUCCUAAGUGACUUAAACAGUAAAUGCAGAAUAGAUUUUUUCCCCCAAUUUACAAUCUAUCAAAGCCAAGAUGCAAUAGUAGUUGUAUUAGUUCUGCUAUAGUGAGAAACUUGAGAGAGAAAUUCCAUCUGCCAUAGCGGUGAGAGAUCUACUGGUGAUGAAGCCUUUAAAUGGACAUAAAGAACAACAUAUUUCUUUCAUGAUUCAGAGAGAGCAUGCAAUUUAGAAAAAAAUCGAAUAUACUUCUAUUAUAAAAUUUUCUUUGUUCUUUUGGUAUCUGUUGGUGAAAAGCAGGGGCGUAAGCUCAGGAGUGGCACAUGUCUGAAACACUAUAUGACAGCAGUUUUGCAAGAAUGUUAUCCAUUUGUGAGGGCACUAGAGGGCAGCACUAUUUCCUGCUGUGUAGUGCUUCAUGCCAUUUGUGAGGGCACUAGAGGGCAGCACUAUUUCCUGUUGUGUGGUGCUUCAUGCCAUUUGUGAGGGCACUAGAGGGCAGCACUAUUUCCUGUUGUGUGGUGCUUCAUGCCAUUUGUGAGGGCACUAGAGGGCAGCACUAUUUCCUGCUGUGUAUUUCUUCAUAGGAAUGACGCAAAUUUUAUUAUAGAAGUGAAUUGGAAACUUUAUUUAAAAUUGUAUGCUCGGAAUCUCAAAAGAACGGAAUGCUACUCAAAUUCAAGUGCUGAUACAUAUAAAUACAUUUGUCAAAUAAAACUUGUUUCUUUUAA